AUGUUAUCUGCGUAUAAGUCAAGGGAUCGAUGUUCCCUUCUCCUGUUGAUAGUGGUCAUAAUCGCAUUUUGUGGCAGUGGCCAAUCAUCACUUCUGCAUCCAUAUGAAUAUGAACAUCAAAAACUGGCAUCGAAACCCGACUCAUUUCUUCCGGGAUCAGUAGGCGAAUUGGAGAGACGCAUACCACGAUACGUUGAACCACUGGAUUACUUUAUUCGUAUUCGACCAUAUUUUCCGGAAAAAAUCACAAACGCCGUAGCCCAUAAUAGUAGUCUUAAUAUGACAUUCGACGGUAUUUCAACAUUCGUUUUCCGUGCGAAUGAGCCAAGAAUGAACGUAACCCUUCAUUCGUCACGACUCAAUUAUACCAGCGUCAAGGUAAUGCAUGGUGAUGGUAGUGUUAUGGAUGCAAAUGCUAACUUCACAUUCAACAUAACACUUGAGCAUAUCAUCAUUCAUCUUAAACAAGAACUUGUAACUGAUGAAACGUACAUGAUUCAAUUCGUAUACAAAGGUGGAAUUCACGACUAUUUGGAAACUGGUCUUUACUAUUCACCGGUUUGGAUAGAAGGCGAAAAAAUUUUUUUGCUCGCAACUCAUAUGGAACCGGCUCGUGCCAGAUGGGUUUUCCCGUGUCUCGAUGAACCUGCCUACAAGGCCGUGUUCCACAUAACGUUGAUUUAUCCGAAAGGUUUGGUGGCUUUGGCAAAUGCCAUGGAAAGACCUCCUGUUCCAGUGAAGAGUUUUCCUAACUGGGAUGUGAUUCAGUUUCCACCAUCGUUGAGGAUGUCCACAUAUUUGGUUGCAUUCGCCAUCGGAGACUACGAAAACCAGGAAACAUAUACUGAGGAUGGAACCUUGAUUCGCAUUUGGGGAUGGCGAGGGCAAAAAAAAUACCUCGAAUGGGCAAAGACAAUUACGCCGAAAUGUUUAUAUCAACUCGGACAAUACACUAACUUCAAAUAUCCAGGAGAUAAGUCAGGUGAACUCGUUUUGCAUCGAUCCUUUAAUUUAUUACUUCAGCUCUCGAAAUUGCUAACAACCAUUAUCUAG